CACGGGGCGCCUGAGCGGGGCGGGGGAUUUUUUUCGGAGUUUUGGAGAGAAAGAAGCUCUUCAGCAGGCCUGACAUUCUGUGGUUCCCGGCGGGCCUGGAUUUGAGUCCCACUCAGGGGCUUCCCAGUCAGGGAAAGCCAUGGAGACUUCAGGAUCACUUCAAGACCACAGUCAAGUUCAUGGAGAAUCAGAAAAUCUAGACUAUGGAGAGACGGAUUUCCACAAGCAAGACCGGGAGGCCAGACUCAUUUCUCAAGGACAAAAUGAGAGAGACAAGUCUUCCUCCUCUUCGUCGUCCUCCUCCUCCUCCUCCUCGUCCUCCUCGUCCUCUUCCUCAGAGAACAGUGAUGAGGACCCGCACCCCCGAGUAAGCAGAGAACGUCGGCACAGCCAGGGGGCUGGACUCCCCCGCAGGGGCGGCUCACCCGGUGCUGAGCAUGGGGAGCCUGACGUUUUGAAGGAUGAGCUUCAAAUCUAUGAAGGUGUGCCCGGGGAGGUGGUGCCUUCAGGAGAAUCAGGACUCCGAAGGAGAGGCUCUACCCUGAUGAGUGGUAAAUAUGCAGGAGAAGUGGAGGCCUCUCAGCUAAGAAGACUGAAUAUAAAGAAGGACGAUGAGUUUUUCCAUUUCAUCCUCCUCUGCUUUGCCAUUGGGGCCUUGCUGGUGUGUUAUCACUAUUACGCAGACUGGUUCAUGUCCCUUGGGGUCGGCCUGCUCACCUUUGCCUCCCUGGAGACUGUUGGCAUCUACUUCGGCCUGGUGUACCGAAUACACAGCGUCCUGCACGGCUUCAUCCCCUUCUUCCAGAAGUUUCGGCUGAUAGGUGUCAGGAAGACUGACUGAGGCCAGUGCCCGGUGGGCGGCCAGGCCAGGCCCCGGUGUGACCACCACCGCAUCCUCUCCACCCAUGAGGACAGAGCGGCAUCCUGGGAGACACGCGGGCGGGCCAUGCUAGAGCAAUAAAGAAAGCGCUUUGCCUUCCAUGUGGUGUGAACAUUGGCACCAGCCGGGCUGAGGUGUCCCUCGGGCAGUGUCGGCAUGAAACCCAGAUGCCAGGAUGAUGGCAGGAGCGGGGAGGGUGUGGGCCUGUGCCCUUCGCGGGGGCCUGGAUCAGCAGGGGGUCCUGGGACUUCACUCCUGUCUGGAGACAGUAGGAGCCCCUGGGCCCUGCAAGCUGUCAUCUGUCUGGGCUUGUGAUUUCUCUCAAGUCCCCAGGCCAUCCUGGCCUGCUGCUCUGAGGCUGGGGAGCACCACGUUGGGCCCCGGGGGUGAGCCUGACACAGGUGAGAUGUUGGGGGACUAAAGCUGCAGCAUCUGGCGUCUUCCCUUGGCUCCUCCAGGGCCAGCCCUGCUACCCUUGGACUCCACCAAGAUUCAAAUAAACUCUCUCUUCCCUAGA